CUGGUUGAAGACCAUACAGUGGGAGCUAACAGGAAAUGUGUUCCUAAAAUAGUCCACUUAAAGCAAACAAUUUUAAAGCUGCUACACCUGAUGCACAUAUACCAGAACGGCACGUUCUGCCUUGUUCCCUACUACUAUGUUUGUGUCAUUUUCAUGGGUCAUUGGUUUAUUUGUAUUCAGAAUGGUCCACCCAUGUAACAUCUGGUCAGUGAGGCUAUUAUAAAGUCCUUUUCCACUGCUGAGUGGGGUCGAGAGUGGUGAGUUUAGUAAUUGUUUACCCACAAAGGUGUAGCUCUUAAAAUGGCCAGAAUAACAAAAACAAUACAUCUUUUCUGUAACUGAAAUUCUAAUGUACGUUUCAAGGAAUAUAACAGGCUUGCUUAUUAGUAUACCAAAUUACAAACUGUGUGUGCUGUUACUCAUUCAGCAUACUAUUUUGCAUGUAGGAUGCAGUUUUAGAUUUAGCCACUGGGUUUAGGAACAGCUGUACUGUGUAUUACAGUAUUGGGGAUGAUCCAGAUGAUCCAGUAUUGGGGAUGAUCCAGAUUUCAUAAUAAUGAGGUUAAGGUGUAGGUCAGUUUUAAAUCAUGUUGCUUGUAAAACCUUCAUUACCUGCUGAGUACCUGUUUUUUGUUAAACACAUACUGACUGAAUGAACAACAGUCUCUAGCCAUAUCUAAGACUACGAUCUUUAACCAAGCCAAGAUGAAGCGGAAGAACUCCAGGACUAGAUUACUGUUAACACAAACCAUGCUGAUUCAGCUUCACUGCUCUUUAUAAUGUGUAAAAAUUCAUUAAUUCUUUACCUAUAUUUAGUCCGUUAACCUGCUGUGUCUUUUGUUUUUUGUUUUAUUUAUUUCUUUUUAGCCUGAACCCACUGAGGAAGACAUUGAGAAGAACCCUGAGCUAAAAAAGUUGCAAAUCUAUGGCGCCGGACCCAAAAUGAUGGGCCUUGGCUUAGUGGCGCGAGAUAAGGCUAGGAAGAAAGACGAACUUCCUCAGACUGUGAUAGUUAAAGACAACAGCGGUGUUAAAGAAGAAUCCGGGGAGAUGUUAAUCACAAAGUCAGACCCAGACAUCCCUCCUCCGCCCCCAAACCUCAUUAUAAAGAGCGAAGUGAAGAAAAAGGAGGAGGAGGAGCUCAGUCCAAUUAAGCCCAACGAUUCUAGUACAAACGAACCCUGCACCAAGAUGACCAUGAGGCUUCGGCGAAACCUCAACAACCCGCAGUUUGUGGACUCAUUUGUGUGCCGCAUGUGUGGCCGUGGGGACAACGAUGAGAAGCUGCUGCUGUGUGAUGGUUGCGAUGAUAAUUACCACACUUUCUGCCUACUGCCCCCACUCACAGACCCACCCAAGGGCAAUUGGCGCUGUCCCAAAUGUGUGGCAGAGGAGUGUAAGAAACCCACAGAAGCGUUCGGUUUUGAGCAGGCCACGCGAGAAUACACAUUGCAGAGUUUUGGCGAGAUGGCUGACGCGUUUAAGGCUGAUUACUUCAACAUGCCAGUUCAUAUGGUGCCGACAGAGCUGGUUGAAAGGGAGUUUUGGCGGUUGGUUAGUAGUAUUGAGGAGGACGUGACUGUAGAAUAUGGAGCGGACAUUCACUCAAAAGACUUUGGCAGCGGCUUUCCUGUCAACAACGGCAAGAAACAUUUGACAGAGGAAGAAGAGGCAUAUGCACACAGUGGCUGGAAUCUGAAUGUGCUGCCAGUGUUGGAGCAGUCGGUAUUGUGCCAUAUCAAUGCCGACAUCUCAGGUAUGAAGGUGCCGUGGUUGUAUGUGGGCAUGGUGUUCUCAGCCUUCUGCUGGCACAUUGAGGACCACUGGAGCUACUCCAUUAACUACUUACACUGGGGGGAGCCCAAAACAUGGUAUGGUGUUCCAGCAAUAGCAGCAGAAAAGCUGGAGGAAGUCAUGAAAAAGCUCACUCCUGAACUGUUUGAGUUCCAGCCAGACCUGCUCCAUCAACUUGUAACAAUCAUGAACCCUAAUAUACUCAUGGCUCAUGGAGUACCGGUUGUGCGUACCAAUCAGUGUGCAGGAGAGUUCGUCAUCACGUUUCCUCGAGCCUAUCACAGUGGAUUUAAUCAGGGAUAUAACUUUGCUGAAGCUGUCAACUUUUGCACUGCAGACUGGCUGCCCACAGGGCGCUCCUGUAUCGAGCAUUACCGUCGUCUUAGGCGUUACUGCGUAUUCUCUCAUGAGGAGCUCACGUGCAAAAUGGCUGCUUGCCCGGAGAAGCUGGACUUAAACCUGGCUGCUGCCACACAUCGGGAAAUGUUUAUUUUUGUACAAGAGGAAAGGAAACUGCGCAAGGCUCUGCUGGAGAAGGGUAUAACCGAGGCAGAACGGGAGGCGUUUGAAUUGUUACCGGAUGAUGAGAGGCAGUGUGACAAGUGCAAGACCACCUGCUUUCUCUCUGCCCUGGCCUGCACCAACUGCCCCGAGCACCUGGUCUGCCUCUACCACACACAAGACCUCUGCUCCUGCUCCACAGAGAAACUCUACCUCAGGUAUCGCUAUACUUUAGACGAGCUGUUGGCCAUGCUGCACCGGCUGAAAGUUCGGGCUGAGUCUUUUGACUCCUGGGCUAACAGAGUGAAAGAAGCCCUAGAGCAAGAAGAGGGCAACAAAAUAGGCAUUAAAAAUUUGGAGGAACUGAAAGAGGAGGCAGUGGAGCGCAAGUUUCCAGACAACGAGCUGCUCCAGAGAUUAACAUCUGUACUGGCUGACGCCCAGAAGUGUCAGAGCACAAGUACAGAGCUUAUUAAUGGCAACCAGAAGGCCAAGAUGAGUCUGCAGGAACUUCAGACACUUGUGGAAACCAUGCAAAACCUUCCUUGUGUCAUAGAACAGCUGACUGAAGUGCAGGCUGUUCUACAAAAGAUGGAAGAGUUCGAAUCACGUGCCCAGGUUGUCCUAAGCAGCAAUGCUGGCGAGUGGAAACAUUCCUCCCCUGCUCCAUCGAAAGAGGAGGUCCAGACUCUGCUGGAGGAGGGACUUGCUCUGCCGGUCGUGGUUCCAUCGUGUCAGCACCUGUCGGGUCUGCAGGAGCAAAGACGCUGGCUGGAGCAGGUGCGCCGGACGAUGAAAACCGGAGGUGGCGAUGUCACUUUGGCCGUGCUGAGAAACCUGAUGGAGGUCGGCUGCAGCAUUCCACAGAGCGUCAGCGUCGAGACGGCGAUGGCAGAGCUGCAGGAGCUGUUGACCAUUGCUGAGCGCUGGGAGGAAAAGGCUCAAAUCUGCCUCGAGCACAGGCAGAAGCAUCCUCUCUCCACGCUGGAGGCUAUAGUUAACGAAGCCCAGCUGAUUCCGGUGCAGUUGCCCAACAUCCUGGCCCUGCAGGCUUGCCUAAGUCGUGCCCGUGCUUGGGUCACUGACCUAGAGGAGAUACAGCAGAACGGAGAGCACUACCCAUGUCUUGACGAUCUUGAGGGUCUGGUGGCAAUCGGCCGCGACCUGCCCGUGUGGAUGGAGGAGCUGCGGCAGCUUGAGCUACAGGUGGCCAGCGCUCACUCCUGGAGAGAGAAGGCCAGCAAGACCUUCCUAAAGAAGUCCAGUCAGCACAGCCUGCUGGAGGUUUUGUGUCCAUGUGUGGAGAAGAGAAAGAAGAAGGAGGAGGAUUCAAGUUCAGAAGCAGACACUGAUGUUAAUGUUUUGGGUCUCACUGCUCAGGACCUCAGAGACCCAGGAGCAAUUGUGAUGGCGUUUAAAGAGGGAGAGCGGCAGGAGAAAGCGGCUCUCCAGCGUCUACGGCAGCUGAACCUGGAAAAGCCCGGUGUGGACAGCACCAACAAGGACGUUAAAAAAGAGCAGCGGUGGAGUGACUCAAUGGACACGGACACGUCGCUGCCCUUAGAAAAAGUCCCACACCAGAAUGGCGGCACCUCCCCUUCUCACAAAGGCAGCCAAUCGGUGUGCGUGUGUGGUGGCCAGCCUAACUCCCUGCUCCACCGCUGCCAUCUGUGCAGAGACUGGUUCCACGGGAGCUGCGUGCCCUUUCCGUCGCUGCUCGGCCCUGCUGACGUACCGCUCGUCAACCCGCUCUGUUGGUGGGACUGGGACACGCGUUUUCUGUGCCCGCGGUGUCAGCGGACCCGGCGCCCACGGCUUGAAACCAUUCUAGCAUUGCUGGUCGCGCUGCAGAAGCUGCCUGUCCGGCUCCCGGAAGGCGAGGCGCUGCAGUGUCUCACUGAAAGAGCCAUCAAUUGGCAGGGGCGGGCCAAACAGGUCCUGGACACUCCAGAAGUGCAGAAGGCCCUGGAGAGGCUGCAAGAACUGAAAACAAAUUUAAGCAGGGAGAAGACCGAGCAGGAGGAAAAGAAAGGAAACGUGGAGGAUGUAAUCGUGUUGUCGGACUCUGAGGAGCAGGAUGAUGGAGUGAUCGAUCUGACUGAGGAGAGCAACUCGAAGAAGAGUAACGGCGGGAACGCUGCUAAUGGCAUACAGUCGGGCUGUGAAAAUAGCAUUGAAAGUGUAACAGGUGUGGAGUCUCUAGCACCAGUGGUUCCACAACUUAAGGGGUGUGUAAUAGAACUGGCCCCUUCAACCAGAGCUCAGUUAGAAGAGCUGCAGCUAGAGGGAGACCUGCUAGAGGUUACUCUCGACCAAACACAAACCAUCUACCGACUCCUGCAGGCUGCUUCUCUACCACCACAACAGGCUUUACACACACUCAUACAGAUCGAGCUGCAGGAGCAGACGCGCUCAGGUCGCAGCAGCAGGACGAAAGAUUCCAAAAGAAAGAGGAAAGGUCAAAAAGAGGGCGGAGCCAAGUGUACCGAGCCCUCGGAGUCCAAGAAAACCCGACCUGUUAACCACAUGCCUGUACAGCUUGAGCAAGAGGUUUUGUGAUGACUUGUGUUAGGAACUGGUAAAGAGGAAAACGAUGGAACGGAGAGUCUCAGAGUUCAGAAAAUCACAGUGGGCCAAAGACGUACCCAGACAGCAGAGGUUUUAUGGACAUUGGCUCUAAGUUCACACACUGAUAUUUUUUUGCUUCAUGGACACUCCUCCAUUCAGCAUAGCGCUACCGUUAAAAACCACACUCCCUUCUGUUUCCAGUUGGCAUUAGCAUUAUGUUUUCUUUCUUUUACAUAUUCUGUCUCUCCAUUGCUGUUUAUUAAUGUGCUAAUUACUUUAAACCACGCCCUUCUAUCUGCUGCUUUACAGUGGGCACAACUGAGAGUUAGCCACACCUCCUGCUGUCCUUCUGUCUGUACCAUUUAACUGUACCACCUUAAAUGCCAACUCGCUGUCCCUCAUAAUGACACACACUUCAGCUAUACAGACACACACACACGAUGGUUUGAUGGUGUUGGAGCUGUAAACAGAAAUGUGGCCCGGGUGCCAUGAUAAUACUUGUAUUUUCAAUGUAUUAAGUCUUGUGUUUCGUUGAGGCUGUCGAUGGAGGCUUUCAGUUCUGAAUAAACUAGUAACGUUUUUGGAUGGGUGGGGGAAAUAAACAGGCAGUUUUGGUGCUACUUUCCCAGAAUAGGUCACUGUAUAUUAUUUCUGUUCCUUACUCUACUGACUUUCAUUUGAAUUAUCUAUUAUCAGAUUAUUUUUUUUAAUUUUGUUUAUUUUGCUGUUAUCUUUCUCUCACCUCGUUCUCUCUUUUCUAAGUCCAAGGAACUGUACAAACCUCACACCUCACUGUAACACUUCAUUUCCUUUAUUUUGUCCUGGGUUCUAAUAAUUAUUAUUGUUAUUAUUAUUGGUAUUGCAGCUGAGCAAUUGUGAGUUUGUGUAUAAACAUUUUCAUUUCAAAGUUGCCUUUGUUUCUUUACACUCUUGUUAGAGAAUAAAAGUUUAGACUUGUUUUAGGAA